UGCAUCAUCUCAAAGAAAUUAAGAGAGUUUUUUUUGUUCCUCACUGACCAAGCCAUGGCGAUGAGAACCAAACUUUCUUUAGCUAUCUUUUUCUUUUUUCUUUUAGCCUUAUUUUCAAACCUAGCCUUUGGCAAAUGUAAAGAAACCGAGGUAGAAGAAGAAGACCCUGAGCUCGUAACAUGCAAACACCAAUGCCAACAGCCACAGCAAUACACUGAGGGUGACAAGCGGGUAUGCUUGCAAAGAUGUGACAGGUAUCAUCGUAUGAAGCAAGAGCGAGAGAAACAAAUCCAAGAGGAAACUCGUGAGAAGAAAGAGGAGGAAAGCCGUGAAAGGGAAGAAGAACAACAAGAGCAGCAUGAGGAACAAGAUGAAAAUCCCUACAUUUUUGAGGAAGAUAAGGAUUUUGAGACCAGAGUCGAAACUGAAGGUGGCAGAAUUCGGGUUCUCAAGAAGUUCACUGAAAAAUCCAAGCUUCUUCAGGGCAUUGAGAACUUCCGUUUGGCCAUUUUGGAAGCUAGAGCACACACGUUCGUGUCUCCUCGCCACUUUGAUUCCGAGGUUGUUUUUUUCAACAUCAAGGGGCGAGCCGUACUUGGGUUGGUGAGUGAAAGUGAAACAGAAAAAAUCACCCUUGAACCUGGGGACAUGAUACACAUACCAGCUGGCACCCCACUGUACAUCGUUAACAGAGAUGAGAAUGAUAAGCUCUUCCUUGCCAUGCUCCAUAUACCUGUCUCUGUCUCUACUCCUGGAAAAUUUGAGGUAAUUGAAUUUUUCGGGCCUGGAGGACGAGACCCAGAAUCGGUCCUCUCAGCAUUCAGCUGGAAUGUGCUGCAAGCUGCGCUCCAAACCCCAAAAGGAAAGUUAGAAAAGCUUUUUGAUCAACAGAACGAGGGAAGUAUUUUCGCAAUAAGCAGAGAACAGGUGCGUGCGUUGGCCCCUACCAAGAAAAGCUCUUGGUGGCCAUUCGGUGGCGAAUCCAAGCCUCAAUUCAAUAUUUUCAGCAAGCGUCCCACUAUCUCCAACGGAUAUGGUCGUUUAACUGAAGUUGGUCCUGACGAUGAUGAAAAGAGUUGGCUUCAAAGACUCAAUCUCAUGCUUACCUUUACCAACAUCACCCAGAGAUCUAUGAGUACUAUUCACUACAACUCACAUGCAACGAAGAUAGCACUGGUGAUCGAUGGCAGAGGGCAUCUUCAAAUAUCAUGUCCACACAUGUCAUCAAGGUCGUCACACUCGAAGCAUGAUAAGAGUAGCCCUUCAUACCAUAGAAUCAGUUCCGAUUUGAAGCCUGGAAUGGUGUUUGUUGUCCCUCCCGGUCAUCCCUUCGUCACCAUAGCUUCCAAUAAAGAGAAUCUCCUCAUGAUUUGCUUCGAGGUUAACGCUCGAGACAACAAGAAGUUUACAUUUGCAGGGAAGGACAACAUUGUGAGUUCUCUGGACAACGUUGCUAAGGAGCUUGCCUUUAACUAUCCUUCUGAGAUGGUGAACGGAGUAUUCGACCGAAAGGAGAGUUUCUUUUUCCCUUUUGAGUUGCCGAGAGAGGAGCGUGGUCGUCGCGCUGAUGCGUGA